GCGGGCGCUGGCUGGACUCUGAAGCCCUCAAGCCCUGGCGGGAGCUGGCGGUCUGCGCUGCCCACCGGCCUCCGCCUGGGCUUCCUGGUGUUUGCGGGCCUAGACCUCCCGCACGAGGAUUCACCCCUGGGGUGCUGUCCGUGAGGCUGUGGUUGCGGCCUCUUCCUGCGGCGCUGGGCCCCACCCGGCCUCACAGGAGACUCUGGCGUGCCUGUGUGCACCGCGGUCGGGUGGAGGCGGCCGCUCCUCACGGUGUAGACGUCGUCCUGCGGGAGACGGUGCGCUUUCCGAUCUUCUCUGAGCUCUCUGCUAAUGCACCUGGGAAAGCAACGGAGGAUGGCUCAAGUCCUUGGGACCCUACACCCACAUAGGAGACCUGGAAGAAGCUCCUGGCUCCUGGCUUCAGAUCGGCUUGGCUCCAGCCAUUGCGACCAUUUGGGGACUGGAAGUAACCGUGCAAUGAGUGCAUUUUUGUCGGGUUUCCUCUGAUUUACGCUGAAUUAUAUGUGUGAAUGAUGUGUACUGCCAAGAAAUGUGGAAUUCGAUUCCAGCCUCCAGCUAUCAUCUUAAUCUAUGAGCAUGAAAUUAAGGGGAAAAGUCGACAGCGCAUCAUGCCAGUCCGAAACUUUUCCAAGUUUUCAGAUUGCACCAGAGCUGCUGAACAAUUAAAGAAUAAUCCCCGACACAAGUAUUACCUGGAACAGGUGUCCCUGCGGCAGCUAGAGAAGUUGUUCAGUGUUUUACGAGGUAACUUGCGGGGACAGAGUUUGGCAGAAACGAUGGAACAAAUUCAGCGGGAAACAACCAUUGAUCCUGAGGAAGACCUGAACAAACUGGACGACAAGGAGCUUGCCAAGAGGAAGCGCAUCAUGGAUGAACUUUUUGAGAAAAAUCGGAAGAAGAAGGAUGAUCCAAAUUUUGUCUAUGACAUCGAGGUUGAGUUUCCACAGGAUGAGCAAGUACUGUCCUGUGGCUGGGACACAGAGUCAGCUGAUGAGUUCUGAUACAGAGCACUCGGAAGUCAGGGGCUAGCAGAAUAUCCAUGUUUAUACAAAGAACAUACAGUGAUUCUAGAAAAAUCUGCCAAGAACACUAAAUGUAUGUGUUGGGUCAUAAAUGGAUUGACCGUGUUACUUUUCCAAAGCAGUAUAUUUACAUCUACCAGGUAGGUGCAAGCAGGAUAUAGGAAAAACAAUAUAGGAGUCUGCCUUUAAGGAACUCAUAAACUAAUUGAAAGAUAAGUCAGAAACUUGUGAAAAGAUAUAAUAAUAUAGGCAUUAGAAAGAUUAGAGCCAGGUGCUGGUAGAGGAUAAAGGUCAGAGCCUGGAUUCCUGUAGGGUGGAAUGGCUAGGGGGAGACAGGACGUUGCCUGACCCUGGAAAUCAUAGUAAGUUCACAGAUGCCCGUGUAGGGGUCCAGACUAGAGUGCAUGCAGCAAAGGGGAAGAGGAGUGGCAAAGAGACAACAAAUAGACAUUUGUAUUUUAGCAAAUCACAGUUUGACAACAUUGGAGGGCACUACAGUUACCAGGAAUUGACCCUGGAUGCAUCAUGUUUGUGUGUGUGUCGGCCUCUGGAGUAGAAGAGGGCCCCUGCGGGAUGCCUGCAGCUGCAAGUGUGUUCCCCAGCCGGGGAAUUCUGCCCCUCUUGGAUCAGGAAACAUGGACAACAGACAUUUCUGAAACCCGGAACCUCUUCCUGUAAAUAAGAGAUUGUUUGUAAAAUGGGAAAUCCACCCACAAUAAAUGAACAAUAGAUACUGCCAGUGUGGGCCUACUUAACGAGUCUGUACCUACAAAGAGAGGAUCUUUGUUUAACAAGGUUAUCUGUGUGCAGAUACAUUCAUUCUUACUAGAGUAUUAUUUAAUUGGCAGAAAUCCUGUGUUUC